GUAACAACUAUAUACACCAUCUGUGUAUACAAUAACCUUGAUAUCUUUUCAAGGUUACCGAACAUUUUUGUUUCACCAUAUUUGAAAGGAAAACAAUCAGUUAUCAGUAGUACAUUGAUAAUUGAUUUUUUUCUUCUUAAUUAAGAUGAUACAUUAAUACUUCUCAAUUAAUCAAUGAUUUACAAUGAUUUUCCUUUCUAUCAAAUUGUAUCUUUUACAUUUUAAUGUUUAUAUUAAAAGUGAAAAAUAAUUUCGCAAUUAUUUUUGUUGCUUAUUGAAUUCAACUUUCUUGAGUAAAUACAAUCGUAUAGUAAUUAAAAAAGUAUACAUUUUCAAUAUGCUUCAAUUCUAUUUUGGAUUAUAUGGAUUAGCUAUCUUUUUAUGUUUUCUUGGGUUUUUAUAUGCUUUAAUUGAAAAAGCAUAUAAACAGUUAAAAAUUAAUAUAAACAAAUCUCAUUUAUCAAAUUAUUCUGAAAUCAUUUCAUCCAAUUCAAAUCAAAAUAGUACAACUCAUAAAAAGAUUUCAAGUAUCAUUGAAAAGGUUGAACCAAACAAUUUAAUGGAUACAAUGAAAACCAAUGAAAUCUUUGAAAGUUCUUAUAAUCAAGAGAAUAAUGAAAAUCAACUCAAUGAUUCAGAUAUAAGUACACCAACUGAAGAAAUGAAAACAAUAAUAAAUGGAAAAUACAUUGAAAAUAAUCAUGAUCAAAUUCAUGCCAAAUUAGAUAUAUCAAUGAAAUCAUUCUCCGAACGUCGACAAGAACGUCGUAAGCGUUAUAAAGCUAAGAAAGGUCAAAGUUCAUCAUUUGGUUGUUUUUCAAUCAAUUCUUCUAUAGAUGAAUAUGAUACUGGAAAUACACUUAUAGAAGAUUCAGAUGAGACAACAAAUGUUAGCAAUUGUUCAAUGUUAUCAGAUAGUAAUGAUUCUCAACCGGAUUAUUUUAUUUUGGAAACACAUAAUAUGUGUGAAUUAAGAAAUUCAAUACAAAUAACUAAUUUGGAUGAUGCUGAAACUGACAAUAUUAAUCAUAAUGAUAUUAAUACAAUGGAUAAAACGGAUUCUUUAGAUGAUUUAUUAGAGAAAAAUAUUCAAUUUUGUGAAGAAACUUGUGAACUAGGCUUAAAAGACUGUUUAUUAUUAGUACCGAAAUACACUACAAUUGAUUCAACAGAAUAUAAACAAUCUAUUAAUAUAACAACAAUAUCAACAGAAAUGAAAGAAGGUCAAGUUAAUGGAAAUCAAUCGACUAUUCCAAAAAGGAAUCCAGAUUCAAAUAUGAGAUCUAAAAUCAAUCCUGAUCGUGAAAGCAAUUCACCGAGUAUCGCUUCAGACAUACCGAUUCCAAAGACGAGACGUUUAUCUUUACGCUCUAAGCGCAGUUUUGACUGUUCAUUUGAAUUAUGGGAUGAAAAUUAUUUCUCUAUGGAACGGAAGGUAUCUCAACUUGAAGGUGUUCAUUAUGCUGCUUUCAAUGUAAAUAAAGAAAAAAGAGAAAGUUCACCUGAACUAGUCCAUUUAAUCGAAGAUCAACAAGUAACUUGUUUAGAUGCAGAUAAUCCAGAUAAUUGGGUUGUACGUGUUCAUCCAUUUUUACAAAACGUUAAUAGUUUCAAUAAACAAACUAAAAAGGAUAAUACACUUACCGAUUCACAAACUAUAGAUGAAAAUGAUACUAAUGAUUUAGUUGAAGUUAUUGUAUCAAAUUCACAAGAAUCUCAAAGAACCUGUGAAAUUAAAAAGAUUGGUCGUGCUAAAGCUGUUUGUUUAACACGAAAUUUAAAAAGUGCACAACGUGGAAAAAGAAAUCCAAGAGAAUCUUUCAGAGAAGAUGUUAUUAGUUUCUCAAAUAAACAACAAGAAUCUCGAAUGAAACUAAGGUAUACACUAACUGAGCUCUGUGAUACUGAACUUGAAUAUUCCAGAGCACUGAAACAAUUGUCUGAUAUAUUAGAUUCAUUAAAUGGCAAAAUUAUUUUGAACUACUCAGAUAAUUCAGAGAAAAUUCUAGAUUAUCCUAAACCAAUUAGUGAUAAUAUUAAAGGUCUUCAAGAUACUCUGAAAAGAAUUAUUCAAUUUUGUGGUAUGUUCUUGGAAAAAUUGCCUUUGUACUCAUCUGAUCCAGGAAAAUCUGCUGAAUCUUUUACAAAAACUCCCGAACGUUGGUAUGAUUAUACAUUAUUCUUUAUACAUUCGGAUUGUUUAAUAAAUCAUCUUACACAAAUCAUUUCAAAUGAUAUUGAAAUAUCAUUUAGUCUUUCUAUUACAGAUUCUAUGCAAAAAUCAACAAUUUUAAUAAAUGAUCAAAUGGAUACAUCCAUAACAACUAAUCAAUAUUUUUUAAAUAUACCAAGAAAACGACUAAAUGUAUAUAAUGGAUUAUUAAAAGAUAUAACAAGAUAUAUUGCCUAUGAUAAUACAUUAAUUAAUAAUCUUGAAUUAGCCAUGAUUUAUAUAAGUAGAGUACAAAGAUGUUCAGAGGAAUUUAUAUAUUUUUGGUCAAAAGUUGAUAUAAAUUUCAAUCAAAUAUUUAAUAUAGAAAAAUUAGAUGAGAAUAGAUUAUUAUUAUUAUUUGAUGAAUGUAUACCACCGCCAAUUAUACGAAUAACGGAUAUUAAAAUCGGUCAACAUAAAAGUAUUCAACUAGAUCAAAACGAAAUGAGAAUGGAAAGAUUAAUUCUUCUACCUGAUCAUUUAUUAUCACUUAAAAAAGCCAAUGAAAAUAAUUCAGUUUAUUGUUGGAAAGUGAAUAGAAUAAUUAAUCUUGAUGAACUUCGUAUUGGUGAAUAUGGCAACGAUGGAAAUGAUGAAACAUCAUUUGAAUUAUGGAAUAUAUCAGGCGAAGCUCCAAUUAAAUUAGUUUUUCGUAUCACUUGUCCCAAUAUUAUUAGUCGUAAUGCAUGGGUUGAAGAUAUAAGAUACGCAAUCAAAGAAAAACUUAAUAACUCUAUAGAAGAUACAAAUAUACCAAAAUCAAUUGUCGGUUCACAUAUUGAAGCAUAUUGGAAUUCAAAGAAACGUUUCAGUGGAAUAAUGGAACUUCCAUCGUGUCCUAGUGAAUCUAUCAGUGAAAUGUAUUUUGAUGCAAUGGAAAAUGUUCAACAAAUUAAUUCUCAAAAUGUUCAUGCAUCACAGUUAUCACAAAUAGAUAAAUGUGAAAUGAUUAAAACUUCAUUUAAUCAAAAAUCUACUUCAUCCUCAUCGUAUUAUACUGCUGAGGAACCAAUAGAUGAGAUUGGAAAAGGUCAAGCUCCAUCUACAAAUCUGUUCGAAUCUUAUUCAACAUUGGAUGGUGUACAGACUCCAUUUUCAGAGGAUCAACAAUCUCUUGCAGACUUCCAAAUGUCUCCUGAAAAUCGAGGAAAUCAAACUCAACCAUUAACAACUACAUCUACUAAUAUGACAGGAACUGAUACUUUAGCUAAACAGUUAACGGUUAAUGCUGGUGAACAAAUUCAGUUCAAUGCAUCAUUCACUAUUACUGGUCCAGUUGCUUAUGAAACAACUUGGUAUAUGAAUGGUGAACCAAUGAAACCUGAUAUAGGUGCUGAAAUGAUAUUGUCGGAUCGUGAUACACGUUUACUUAUAUCAAAUGCUGAUCCUUUGAUACAUUCAGGAACAUAUUCAUGUCGUUGUCGUCUUUUUGAGGGCACUGAAACUGCUGUUUAUUUUUGUGUUAAUAUACUAACAGCCAAACUAGAUCGCAAUGAUACAAAUGAUAAUGAAUCAGAUCAGCUGAAACUAACAAAUUUUAUGCAGGCUGAUUUAUUUCAUCCAAUUACCAAAGAAUUAGAUUUACCAAUAGGUAAACUUUUAGAAAUUCAAGUUAAGAUUGAUGAAGAAACUGUAUUGAAACAAAUGGAGAAUAAUAAUAAGGAAAAUAUUCAAGUUAAUUGGUAUCAAAACUCAACACUAAUUGAACCUAGUUCAACGUGUGAAAUGCUCAAAAUUGAUGACCAGUUUAUUUUACGAUCAACUACAAAUAAUUUACAACCUGAUAAGUUAUACAACUACAAAUGUAUGUUGAGACUGCCUGAAAAUUCUUCUAUGUCUCCAGCACCAAGUAUCACCAUACCGGUAAGUUUUCAUUGUCCAACAGUUAAAGAAUUAGAAACUGAAUUCAAGAACUGUAUCGACAAAAAUAAGGCAACAGUCGAAAAUAAUCGAAUCUUUGAAGUCAAAUUAGGAGAGGAUGAUGCAUUUCAAUUAAAUAUACCUAUUCAACAUGGUUCUCACGACCAAGAUUUUGUCGUAUGGUGGACACAUGAAGAUGAGCUUUUGACAGGUGAUCAUUUACCGUCGAAAGAAAGUGAGUAUAAUUGUUCACUUGAGCUCAGUAAAAAGUCGAACGAAAUGAUAGCCAAACUUUCUAAAACUCCGACAGGAACUAACGAUUGUGGUAUAUAUAAAUGUUGGACUGUUUCACAAUCAUUGAAAGAUAAUAUCGUUAGGUGUACAAAUGUUGCAGUAACAGUGAGACAAGAGGAAGCUACGCUGAGUGAAAAGUCAAAUGACAAAGAGAAGGAAAAAGAAGCGAAGAAUUUACAGGGAGAUAAGAUAAGUAUGGUCGAUGGGGUUGAAACAAACCUUCUUAAUAAGGAAGACGAGGAAAUAAACCGGGAGGUGCCCUCAAUGAAAAAGGAAGAGGAAGAAAAGAAGAGGAACGCAGAAAACAUUUUCAAGCAAGAGGAGCAAGAUUUAAAGAAGAGGGAAAGCGAAGAGACGAAAAGAAAAGAAGAAGAGAUCGUUAGACUGAGACGAUACGAAGAAGAGGCUUCAAAGAAACGGGUGGAGGAAGAAGGAAAGAACAAGGAAGUAGAGGAAACUGCGAUGAAGCGAAAGCAGAAAAAAGAUGCUGAGAGCAAACGAAAAGAAGUUGAAUUGAGACGAAAAGAAGAAGAGAUUGCAAAAAUGGAGGAAGAAGAGAUUGAAAGGAAACGAAAGGAGGUAGAAGAUGCUGAGAGUAAACGAAAAGAGGAAGUUGAAUUGAGACGAAAAGAAGAAGAGAUUGCAAAAAUGGAGGAAGAAGAGAUUGAAGGGAAACGAAAGGAGGUAGAAGAUGCUGAGAGUAAACGAAAAGAGGAAGUUGAAUUACGACGAAAAGAAAGGAAAGUUACCAAGAUGAAGAAAGAGGAGGCAGAGACUGAUAAGAAGCAAAAGGAUGGAGAGAUUGCCGGGAUAAAGAAAGAGGACGAAGUAGAAAAAAGACAACAUAAAGAGGAGGAAGAUGAGAGGUUAGCUAGCCAUAAGGCAGACAAAGAAGAACCAAUAACAAAGACAAAGAAAGAUUAUAUGGAAGGUAAAGAAGGCAGCAUGAAUAAAACGGAUGGAAAAGGAUAUAAAAAAGAGAGUAAAGAAGGGAAGGAUGAAAAGAAGAAGAAAUUAGUACCAACGAAGGACCAAGCGGAAAACGGAAUGAAAACGAAGCCAGUCGGAGAUGUUGAAUUAAAGCCUGAAUCAGAAACAUCUCAGAAGAAGAAUAUCAGGGGCGUAACAGAGCAAACAAAAGACACAGGACAAGGGGAAGAAAUCAAAACGGUCCUAGAAACCGAUUCCGAAAUGAAGAGGGUAGUUGGAGAAUUUAAUAGGGGAGAAAAAGAUAGUGAAGAAAAUAAAGUGGAUGUUAGAGUAGGUGACACAGCUGAGUCACUCACUGACGAGAAGAGAGAAAAAGGAAAGAAUAAAGUGGAGAAAUCCGACGAAAUACAAACUUUAGAUAAAGGUAAAAGGAGAAGGGGAAGUAGAUCGACUUGGAAGGAUGACAAUAAGGACAGUGAAAAGCUAGUUGGUCAAAUCACAGUGGAAAAUGAAGUGGAUAGAACAAAGCAAACGCUGGAAAAAGAAGAUAGGUUAGAUGACCAAAAUCAGAAGGAAGUAAUCACUAGUGAAGCAGAAGAAUUCCCGGAACACCAUGAUGAAAAAGACAAGAAUAAGACUGAGACAGUGAAAGCAGUACACAAUCAAAUUACAAUAGAUUUCAACAAUUCAGAAAGCACAUCUCAAAAUAAACAAACUUUAAUUGAUCAGGUAACGAACAGUGGAUUAGAACUUAAAUCAGUUAAAAAGGAUAAAAAGAAGGAGAAAGAUGGCGAGACUGGCCACGAGACUAAAGAGAAGAAGAAAAGUGACGGGAAGAUAGGAAUGGAUAAUACUGAAUCGAUUGUUAGUACAGAAUAUCCAACAGAAAAUCAUGUGAACAACAAACCAGAAUCAUUUAAGGAUUAUCAACAAAUUAAUACAGAAUCAUUUCAGAAGCCACAACGUCGAGAAAGUAAGGCAAAGAAGCAUGGAAAAGAUACAAAGAAGAAUAGAUCAGUUGCUGAUACUACUAGUACUACUACUACUACUACAGGAAAUGAUGAAGAUCUAGCUAAAGAUUACAUAAAAAACAAGGAGGAAAACGAACCGAAAACACAGAUGAACCUGGUUGGAGUAGAAAUUGGCAAAAACAAUCAGGAAGUACUUGAUACGAUGCCAACAACCGAUGCUUUACAGAAUGAAGCAGAAAAUAGAGAAAAACAAUGGAAGGAGGAAAAGAAAAAGAAACGAGAAAAAUCGAAAAAUGUUGAUAAGGAAAAUGAAGAUAAUUAUGUUAGCACUAGAAGGCAAUCAAUAGUCGGCGAACAAGAUCCAAACAAAAUAGAACUGAUUGAGGACCAGAAACAAGUAGAAAAACGUAAGAAGCAUCGAAAAUCAAUAACAGAAGUUGAUAAAAAUGACGUACAGUGUGAACCAUUAAAAGCUGAAGAAAAAUAUAUGGAAACCAACACUAUGGAUGAUGACCAAAGUGAAAAGAAAAUCAAAGAAGAAUAUAAGGGUAUGGAAUUAAAAUCCGAUUUAAAAUUAAAUAACAGUGAAAAACAAGAUAUUCUUAAUGACCAAUAUAAAACAAAUGAAUAUGAUACUGUUUAUUUAUCACCAAUAAAAGAUCUUGAUCAUGAUCAUGAAGAUGAUAAUAAUAAUAUUUUUUCUACUGAAUUAUUAUCAAAAUAUAUUUGUAAACAAGGUGAAACAUUGAAAUUAGCUGUUGAAUUAAAAAAUAAUGUAUUUGUUAAAUAUUUUGAAUGGUUAGUAAAUGAAAAAAUGAUUGAUCCUGAAUCAACUGCUGAUUUUGUUGUAUGGCAAACUGGUAAUUGGAUUGCAUUGACAAUACCAAAUGUUAGACCAGAUUUAACUGGAACUUAUAAACUACGUGUUGUUACUCCAUCUGGUGAAUAUUAUACAACAGGUGAUCUGUCAGUGAAUGGACAAAAACUACAAACGAAACCAUAUAUCCCAUCACAAGUAGAAGGACUUAAACCAUUAUUUACCAAGAAACUUCAAGAUUACACCGCUGAAGUGAAUGAAACAGUUAGAUUUAGUGGACGUUUAGUAGCUGAGCCACCUGCCACAAUUAUUUGGAAACAUAAUGGUAUUCAAAUUGAAAACAACAAAAGAAUUGAAAUCUAUAAUGAUAAUAUUAAUCCAUUACUUAUUAUACAGAAUGUAAAAGAUGAAGAUUAUGGUGAAUAUAUAUGUUCUGCAUCAAAUGUACUUGGUCAAACUGAAACAAAAGCAGUUUUAUAUAUACAAAGUACUUUAUAUGAACCCAAUAGUUACGAGCAUGAUACAACUGAACCGUACGAGUCUACUGCUAGACCAACACGGUGUUCAGUUUUGCCGUCAAGAGUAAGUAAUAUUGAACUAAUUGAAGUAAACGAUGAUGGUUUCAAGAUUGCCUGGGAUCCACUAAAUGAACAAGUGACAUAUAAUGUGGAAAUUAGUAAUGAUGCAGGUAGAUGGUGGAAACCUGUACUAACCAACUUACACGAAGUCUCAGCUUACAUCUCAAACGACAUUGCGUGUCCUUUGAAUCCCGUACAAGUAAGGAUAGUAGCUGAAAAUGAAUUUGGCCUUGGACCGCCUUGUUUCCCGGUACUUCGUUUACCUAUACGAGCAUGUCUUCCUCACAUGCAAGCAGUUAAGCCAGAAGUUGAAUCUGAAGAAGCAACGGCUAUUAAAAUUCGAUGGUGUCCAGCAGUGCCUGCACUUACACCAAACCAACUGCACAAGAAUGUUAUGUUAAAUCCAUCGCAAUUACUUGGUAAAGUAACUUACGCAGUUGAGAUUAGGGAAGGAUCUCAAUCAGAAUGGUGUAGAGUGGCAAGUGAUAUACCUUUUCGAUCCUACACUUGUCACUUACGACCUGGCAUCAGCUCUGCUAUACGUAUUGUUGCGAAAAAUAGAUAUGGCGAGUCCUGUCCCACUCCAAUGGCAAUAGUCCAACUCGAUCCUAAUUCAUUAGUUCCGGAUUUAUCACUAGAUCCUCCAUGGAUAGCAAUAAGCCACCCAGGAGAUAACAUCACAGUAAAGAAAAGUAAUAUUCGACUCCUAUGGAAACCUGCAUACAUGCCAGAGUUCUGUACCAGUUGUGUAAAAGGACUAAAACCUUUGUAUCGAGUUGAAUGGAGGCGUGGAUUAUCUGGACAUUGGGUUGAUUUGGCUUGUGGCAUUAGUGAAUGUGAGACGGGUUAUCCUCUCCCAAGAGAUCUUGUAGAAUCCGUGAUUAGAGAAACUCAUAUGGGAAAUGACUUGUCUUUUAGCACUGCCAAUUCUAAUAGUUCCAUUGAAUUUCGGAUAUUUUCUUACAAUGAUUUCGGUGAAAGUGGUCCGACUAAAAGCUACAGAUUGAAAGCAUCUCAGAUAUCUAGAGGUCAAGACUGUCGAAAAAAUAGUCAGAUAUCAGAUAAAAUAAAUGACAGGGAUCAAUACGACCACCUAAGUCUUUUGGAUAAGCUGCCGAUUAUUUCAUCCAGUAAGAUACCAAGACGAGAGGUUCAAAUGAUGUCAAUCGAUCCCAAACUGGGUGUCACGCUCAAGUGGGAUCGUUGUACAAGUUCAGAUAUAAAUAAAAGUUCUGAUGAUCACUAUAACUUACAUGGUCGCUAUCGAAUUCAACGUAAAACUUCAAAUGACGCUGACAGUAAUUCCUCACCUGAUAUGUCUAACUGGACAGUAGUUUGUAGAGAAGACGAUCUAAUUCAUGGUGAACAAUAUGUUCUUGAUGUGAAACCGGGUAAAACAGAACAGUUUGUUAGGAUUCUUAGUUUACAAGAAGAUAAAGAAGGCAAUUUAAAUUGGUUGGAUACCCAUGAAAUUCUUCGUAUACCAGCGUUACAUGAAAUCUGCCCUCCAGCACCAUUAGAUAUAGAGGUAAAAUUGACACCCCCAGUUGAAACAUCAGGUUCCGCAGGAGUUCGUGUCACCUGGAAACCUCCCAACUUUGAACUUCCAUUGAACGACAAUUAUUUAACACAGAUUAAAAAUCAUGCUCAAAUCGACUAUAGAAUAGAAGCUCGUACAACCUUGAGUGACUUAGCACCUUGGAGACAGAUUGGUAUUGUAUCUGGAUUAUUAGGUAGUAUAGAUGACCAUAAAGCUGAACCCGGUUCACAACUUAUUUAUCGAAUAACACCUAUUAACCAAUUUGGUGAAGGUCCAAGUUCAAGUUCUUAUCCAAUCAAACUUCCACUUUUGUUAACAACUUUAGAAAGAUGUAUUGAAGAUUUUCGUUUCCUAAUACUUGGAUCAAAUACAAUUCAGUUGCGUUGGCGUUUAGGUGAUACAGUGAUUGAUGCAUUAGGAUUUCGGAGAAAUCCAAAUCAGUCAUACAACAUGACAAGUCAUUUAGAUACAGAUGAAUCAGCUGAAAUAUGUGAACGUGUAAAAUUUUCAAUUGAAAGACGAGAUGGUUAUGCUGGUGAUUGGUAUCCUAUUAGAGAACAAAUCAAUGGAAAUCUUCAUAACAAAAUUAUACUAUCAAAUUUUGAAUAUUUAGAUAAAGAAAUUGCUUGUAGAAUAAUUGCAAAUGUGGAUGGUCAACAAACUAAACCUAGUCGACCUAUCAAUAUUAGUAUUAAGACAGAUUUCUUAGUUCCAGAUUUCUCAGCUUUUAAACCACAUUUCAAUGUUACAUCAGUUGAGGAAUAUUUGAUAUCAUGGGACGAUCCUGAUAUACAAUCAUUGUAUACAAGUCAUAUUUUGAAUUUAUCAAUACCACAAGUGUUACAAAAAGAUACUACUUAUGCAAUUCAAAUUCAACAUGAAGGUUCAAUUGAAUGGACAACAAUAGCUUCUAAUCUAGAUACAAACCAAUGGACAUGGAUCCAACCAAAUCCAUUGAUUGGUUAUCAUGUUCGCAUUCUACCGUCGAAUCAAUUCGGUUUUGGACAUCCAACUAGAAAUGUGUUAAUACCACCACAAGUUAUUAUCCCUGAUCUAACAUUUAUGCGACCAUCUGUUGAGUCACCGUCAGAUAUUUUAAUUGGUAGAGCUGCGCCAGAACUUGUAUGGCAAAUACCAAAAUCGUAUACUUUAGACAGGACAUUUACUCCAUACACAUUUGAAGUACAAAUUAAAGCUGUAGAGAAGUCAAUAAAUCGUGAAACUAAUGAUGUGGGCAAGAACUCUGAAAAAUCUAAAAGCACAAACAAUGAAAACAUAUGGAGAGUUCUUGCAUCUGGUUUAAAACGUAACCGUUUAUCACUGGAACAUUUAAAUCCCGAACAAGAAUAUUGGUUACGUAUAGUUGCUGUUACCGAAUAUGGUCGUGGUACACCAAGUCAACCUGUACGAAAAAUGGCUGAUUUAACUGCAAAACAUAGCCGAUAUGCAUCAGCAUCCGUUGGAGUGAUACAUGAGCCUACACCUACUUCACCAUCAUUUACUGAUCCAGAAACAAGUGUGAUUUAUGCACCAAUUUAUGGUCAACUAGAAUUAAAAUGUACAUUUAGUCCUGUUAAUGGUGAAAAUGAAACACGUUUCAAUUGGUAUUUUGAUGGUAAAUUGUUAGAUACAAAUGUAAAUACUAUUUAUCCAACUUUAAAUCAGAAAUUCUAUAAUACAGUAUCCAAGUCUGGAGAUACAGCCGUAUUACAUUUGAAUGGUUUAAGUGAAAAUGAUUUUGGUUCAUACAUCUGUAAAGCAGUGCAUAUAUUGGGUACUAGUGAAAAAGAAUUUAUUGUAAAGAUGGCAGAUGCUCCUGUAUUUUUAGAAGUUCCUACUCCAUUGUUGACUGUGAAGUUACAUUCACGUUUUGAAUUGCCUUGUUACAUUGAUGCGUUACCACCUCCAACGAUAAUUUGGACUAGAGAUUCAAAAAGAAUUGUUGAAUCACAUCGUACAAAAAUUGGUAAAGCUGAAAAACAAUCAAUCAAUAAAACGCCUCGUAUGUCAAACUGUGAAUUUAGUACAGAUGCAACGUUAUCAGUAGAAAAAUGUAUUUAUCAAGAUUCAGGCUUGUAUACGUUAACAGCUGAAAAUAUAGCUGGUCGAAUAAUGACUAGUUGUUUGAUUCAUGUUGAAGAAAAUCCAACACCGACUAAAAUAACUUUGAGAUGGACAAAUAUUGAAAAGCAUUAUUUUGUAUUGAGACGACUUGAAAGUGAUUCAUUUUCAGAAACUCACCUAUUAAUUGAUAAAAAAACAAAUCGUGAAUAUAUUGGGAAAUUAUUUAAAUUAAAUAAUCCAAUCAGUCGUAUAAAUGGUGCACGUGAAAUGGAAUGUUUAACACGUUUAUGUCAUAAAAAUGUUUUGCAAUUAAUAGACGCAUUUAUCAGUGAUAAUGUUCUUAUUUUAGUUUAUGAAAAAUUGUCCGGUUCAAAUCUACUUGAUUCGGUUCUGGCAUGUGAAAAUUGGUCAGAAAUGGGAACAGCAGCUGUUAUUCGUUCAAUACUGGAAGCAUUGGAGCAUAUUCAUAAUCAAGGAGUAGUUCAUUAUGAUAUUCAACCUGAAAAUCUACUUUUUGUAAAGAAAACAAUCGACAACUAUGAUUGUGGAAAUUCAUCGGACAAUCCUGAUUUACUACGGGCCCUUGCUUCUCUAGUAACUGAUGUAGUGAGUCAAACAGAUCGUCAUAAAAUGAAUGUUUUCAGUAAUUUGCUCAAAGUUACAGGAUUUUCUGCAGCACAAACGUAUAAUACUAAUUCCCAAAAUUGUGUAACAUGUGUACUUCCAUUACGGUACAGGCCGGAAUAUGUUUCUCCAGAAAUUUUAUUACUAAUACAACAAACUAAUGGAACAGUUCCUGGAACUAUUCACACUUAUUCUGAAAAUUUAGGUCCACCUUCAGAUAUAUGGAGUCUCGGAGUAUUAACGUAUAUCCUACUUGCCGGUUGGCCUCCUUUUAUUGAUUAUGAGACAGGUAGUAUUCUAACUGACGAUAUAUUACAAGCUAUUAUUCCAUUCGAUGUACCAGAAAUGGAAAAUAUUUCAAAUGAAGGCAAAGAUUUUAUUUCACAACUUUUACAAGCUGACCCUACAAAAAGACCUUCAGCUAAAGAAUGUUUAUCUCAUCCAUGGAUUCAAAUAUUUUCACAUUCUGAAAAUAAAUCAGAAUAUAUACUAAAAAAAUUGAAGAAAUAUAAAGAGUUCUAUAAUUCAAUACAACCAGUUUACAUUAUCAGUGAUGAGAAAAAUUAUAAUUCUGAUUUGAAAAAUCAUUUAGCUUCUAUGAUAAGGCAGCCAACUCCAAGUGAAGAUACAGAAAGUGUACUUUCUUCGCGAUCAUCAUCAAUUCUUGGUUUACGAGAAAGUUCCGAGCCAUACAGUGAAUCUCAAUCACAACUGCUUGAUCGAUAUGAGGCACAUGAUUUUAUUGAUGAAAGAUUUAUAAUUCCACCAAACACCAAUAUUCCUACUGCAGACGACGCGUCGGAAAUAAUUGAGCAGAAAUUCAAUUUACAAAGACAAAAUACUCUUACAGAAGCUACUUCCUUAGAAGAAUCAACUUAUACAUUAAUAAAAGAACAAGAAAAAUCAUCAGUGAAUCCUGAUCAAGAAAAUCAACCCACUUCAGUAAAACGUAAUGAGAUUGGAAAUAAAUUUAGUGUCCCAGUGUUUGCUAGUCUACUUCGAGAUGCAUAUUUCAGCAUCCAUACAAGAGAAGUGAGAUUUACUUGUCAACUUGCUAGUGCUCCCUACCUUCCAGAGGGUAUUAGUGAUUAUGAAGAAAUUAUCAGUGAAAUAUAUCCAACCGGCUUGAAUUUUAAUAAAAUCACUAGUUCUUCGGCUGCUGCCGCAUGGUACUUAGAUGGUUGUUUACUCUCCGAUGGCCCAGGUGUUAGUUUAGGUGUAGAACAAGGAGGAUGGUUAUGGCUUUGUUUAAGUGAUCUUCGUCCGGAACAAGAUCGCAGUGUUAUUGAAUGCGUGGUAAGAAAUCGUGCUGGAAAAUCAAGAACAAAAGCACGACUUUUAUUUAGUGAUAUGCCGAAACCCCCUGGUCGACCAGGUCUUAUCGAUAUUCGUCCUACAGAAGCAUUGAUUAGUUGGCUAUCUUCAACAUCAGACUCGAAUGAAGAUCUGAUUUAUCGCCUUGAUAUCAAAUAUUCAGAACGUGAUAAUGAACCACCUUCAUGGCAUCGACUUGGGUUCACCGUAGAUUGUCGUUAUCUUACUAAUAAUCUUAAACCUGGUGUAUAUUAUCGUGUCCGUGUAUCCGCCAGAAAUUCAUUCGGUUGGGGCAAUUACAGCAUUGCAUCUUCUGAUUUCCGUACUCCUAUUGUUUCUAUGGAUCAGUCACCAACUAUUCUAUCGCCCAAUGAACGAACAUGGAUCUUCAACUGGCGUCAAUCAGCAAAUAUCUACGCAUUAAGCGAUCAUCCAAUAGCUUUACAAUAUGCAAUUGAUCAGCCAAUCAGUGUACCUCCACCACCAGACAAAAUUUUACAGGAACUCAAUCGAUAUAAUGGGAUAAUUCCAAGUUUAGAUGUAUUGAAAUCCAUAUGUAGACCAAUUUGUUUGAUAAAUAAAGGAACAUAUACAAAACUUAUUCUUGGAAAAACUCAUCCAAUGCUAAAUGAAGGAGUGAAUUUCAAUAAUGUUCGACAUCAAAGCAUAUCUCUCCCACCUAGAUUACUAAGCAAAAUCACAUAUCUUAACUUAGAAGAUAAUAAUCUAUUGAAAAAAGCCCGUCGUGAAGCAUUAAUGCUUACUAUUCUUCAUGGAUCUUGUGGUGGAACAUAUUCUUCAUUUGAAGAUUUUUAUAGUGAACAACAUAACUCAUAUCUUUAUACUAAUCAACGACAAUUAUUACCAUCUGGUUGGUCAACUGGUUGGUUAGAAGAUGAUGCAGUUAAACCGACACGAAGUAUAUCAGUAAUGCAAUGGAUUCCUGGUGGACGUCUUAUUGAUGUUUUGUGCGGUCGAGUAGAAUAUACUGAAUUUUCUGUUAUGAUGUGGAGUCAACAAAUUCUUUCAGCGUUAAAAUGGUUCUACGCAUGCUUUUUAGGACAACCACAUGGAAAUAUUUGUCCGGAACAUAUACUUGUUGCACGACGGACAUCUUCGCUCCCAGAUAUUGUAUUGACUGGGUUCGGUCAUGAAUCUGUUUUAGAUGAAACCAACAACUACUUUUCAGCUCCCGAGUUAUGCAAGAAUAAGUCGAAAUCAAUGGCUUCAGAUUUGUGGAGUGUGGGAGCUGUCAUGAGACUAUUACUAACAGGUGAAAAUCCAAAUGAAAUUGAUGUUCAAAGAAAAAAUUCGACAUCUGAUGAAUCAAUAAAACAGCAAUAUGAUAAAACCAAGAUUAAACAAUCUAAUGAAUUGUCAUCUACAAUUAAUUCUGAAAAUACUUUACCUACUUAUUCACGAAAUCAUUUAAAUAUUAAAAAAUUGAAAAGGUUUUCCAAACCUGCAAGAAAAUUUAUAUACAAUUGUCUUAAUCCUUCACCAAGGAAACGUGGAACAGUUGAUUUUUGGCUUAAUUCUCAUUGGUUCAAUUUCAAUGCUGACAAUGUGAACAAUUUAACUUCAGUGAUCAUUCCCACAAAUUUACUAAGAUCAUGCAAACUUGUUCUAGAUCAAAAAACAAAUGUUGACGAAACAGAAGAACUACAGUUUCCUUGA